AUGGAAGCUCGACGAGUCGAGCUUGAGCUUGAGGAGUUCAAGGAAAGGCUAGAGGCGAAGCUCACGGGCCGGGCCGAAGUGGCGGUGGAGCGCUGCAAGGCGGGAUGGCUAUCACGGGCUGAUGGCGUAGAGCGGCUCCUGGCGUGGCUGGAACGACGUUGCUCACGCCAGGCCGUCCCAGACGUGGGCCAGGAGCUGGAGACCUUCCUGAUCAAGACGAAACGCCGCAAGAUGGAGCCCAUGCAGCAGUGGACCGACCGCUUCGAGACAGGCUACCAGUACCUGAGGCGUGCGCUGGCGCGCGCACUGGGGCAGUCAGCAUCCCAGCAUUGCAGUGCUGCUGACCCAGACGCCGAGGCCGAGGAGGAGCUCGGGAAUAUCCCGGAGGUUUUCCCAGCGAUUGUCCUCGGCUGGCUGAUGCUCGUGCGGUCUGGCCUCGACUCACGUGAGCGCGCGGCGGUCAUGACCGCGACGGGAGGCUCGCUGGACGUCAACCAGAUUCGCGAGAAGCUGAUCUCCAGCUGGGAGGAGCCCGACCAAGGGGGGGCCAACGACGAGGACAUCGCGGCGUACCUGGCCGCGCAGGACGAAGAGGCGGAGGCGCUGGCGGCAACCCACACCGCCCAGCGCACCCUCCGCCAGGCCCGCGAGGCUCAGGCGGACAGCCGCCUGAGCAGGGGCUUCUGCCGUGGAGGUGCGGCGGCGCUCGCUGGGUGCAGGACUGCCGGGACCGCCACGACCCCCGGGCUCGAGUCGGGGCCGGCAGGCCCGCCGGGGGCCGGCGCGAAGAUGGCGAGCUGCAGGAAGGAGCUGGGGUUCAACCUGGUGGCGUCGAGGGUUGCUGAGCAGGGGUCUGGGGACUCGAGGUGCGAGGCGCUGUUCGCGGACCAGGCGAUCCAGGAGGGCAAGGGGAUCGUCGACCUAGGCUGCACGGACGCCAUGGGCGGCGAGCGUGCGCUCGACAUCCUGGCCCGCAAGAACACGGAGAAGUACGGCGACACGAGGCUGCGGGAGGUGAACUGGGACUACCCGCCGGUCUACAGCUUCGGGAACGGCGAGAAGGAGCGCGCCUACGGCCAGGUGAAGUUCGGCAUCACUGGCGGGGGCAUGGAGGGUGACAUCUCCAUCAACGGCUUCGCGAAGGAAGUCCCGAUCCUAGUGUCCAAGAAGGUGCUGAAGAAGCUUGGAGCCGUCGUGGACUGCGACACGGGAGUAGCGGUGUUCGUGAAGCUGGCCCGGGGAGUUUCGAUCCAGCUAGAGGAGUCACCGGACGGCGGACACUACUACAUGAGCCUGGUGGACGACCUUCUCGAGCAGAAGGUCCGGGACCCGGCCAAGCUGCAGAACUUCAAGAUGAUCUGCAACCACCUCUCUGAGUGGAGCACGGCGUGCGUGGCAGCGUGCCAGGGGCCAGACCUCAGCCCAGACGUUUGCGCAGAGCGAGGACUCCACAAGGCGGAGGUCUCGCAGCUACUCCAGGAGUUUGGCAUGCCCUACAGUCUGGCGUGGAGCGUGGACGAGCUGAAGCAGGUCCUCAAGGAGAAUAUGUUCCCGAAGGCGGAGACGGCCGCGCAGAUCGAGAUGAGGGGCCUCAAUUCCAUGAAGACGGCCCAGCUGCUCGCGAAGUCGGCGGAAGUCGGAGCUCACGUGACACCGGGCAUGACCAACCCGUCGCUCAAGCUCUCGAUCCGCAAGGCGAUUCUUCAGAAGCACCCGCCGGAGCCGACCGACGACAUGGGCUUCGGGAAGUACGGCGCUGUGACGUACCAGCAGGUCCUGAAGCAGUACCCUUCCUACGCGGCCUGGACAAUGGACGUGAUGAUGGAGGACGAGCUCGAGGAGCAGGAGAGGCUGGAGGCCGCAGCACAGGAGGAGAAGAACACGAACCAGUUCAUCCAGCAGCAGAUGCUGACCACCCUGAGCCAGCUCAGCCAGCGACUGGAGAAGCUCGAGGGGCAGCCGAGCUCCACGAGCUCCAACGGCGAGAGCUUCGUUCCAUGCAUCAAGGAGAAUGGACACACGGAGGACCUCAACGCGCUGCUAGCCCAUGGGGGGAUCAAGCUCAUGGAAGUGGCGUGCAGCCUGGCCUCCAUCCUGAGCACCAAGAUGGCGGAGAAGUUCGGAGAGGAUGCAGUACGGCGAUUUAGUGCAUGGAAUGGCCACAGACUCGGGACACCUGCCGGGAACCAGAGGGCCAGGGAGGCUCGUGAUGAUGCUGAGCCAGACCACCUGUGGGUCGGCAUGCAGCGUGGGCCACUGUCGAGCCUCACCCUCGGCUUCAACGGCACCAGCCCUGUGAGGGCCGAGGCCACCAGGAAGGGCAGGCUCCAGGCGAUCAAGGCAUACAGGGCCGCGGUGCAGCUGGUGUGCGACCAGAGGGCGCAGGGGAAGCAUGCGCACUGGGAGUGGCCCAUCAAGUGCGAGGGCUGGGGCCACAGGAUGAUCAGGCAGAUGAUCGAGGACUGCUCGAUGACGGUGGUCCAGGUCGCCGGGUGCCAGCUCGGAGUGAAGAACGAGAAGAGUCAGCCCUUGCUCAAGGAGUGGCUGAUCGCCACGACAUCCUCGAAGAUGGCGGCCAGGAUGGCCUUGGAGUGCCCCGGGGGCCACAAGCACGGCGAUCUCACCGGAGGCAGCCUCACGGCAGCCACGAGCUACUACACGGAUGAGUUCGCGAAGAGGGCAGUCCGGGCGAUGAUCGAGGAGGUCUCCCCAGACUACCGCGAGUUCCUGAGGUGCCUGACGGAGCCCGAGGCGCCGGAGGGACAGGCGCUAGCCGCUGGGAGAGAAGAGACGUCAACAGGGGCAGACCCUGGUUCGAAGGAGUACCAGCAGAUCAUGUGCUGGCUGGCCUCCGUACACCGAGGGUCAGGCCACAGCUCCAAGACCGCUAUGCUGAACGCACUCAGGCGGAAGGGGGCGAGCCAACUGGUGCUGCAGGUGGCCCAGGGCUUUUUCACCGUGACGCGUGUGAAGAGUGGGAGCACCCCCUGCAAGAAGAUCAAGUCAAAGUUCCCGCUCAUCAUCGACGAGAACUGCAGGGUGCGGGUCAGCAAGCUGCUCUACCACAUGGUGGGCGAGGACCGGCACCGCAACCCAGUCUGGGCCGACCUCAAGGUGAAGGCGGACCCUGAGGGCUCGUGGAUGUCCAAGCAGGCUGCUGACUACUUCGACUCCGACUCCAUCGGAUACGAGCCGAUUCCAGGGCGAGCCCACUGGCACAUCUCCCUUGCAGAAGAGGCGACCCAGGCCACAAAAGGGACCAUGGACCGGCUAGCCGCGGAGAGCCCCGAGAUGGCACCUGGCUUGGACGGCCACUUCUUCGAGAAAGACUUCGACGAGCUGCCCUACGUCGAGGCCCAGCGCGUCGACAAGGAGUACGGCGAGAACUGCGCCAGGAUGUACGCGGCGGCGCAGGAGUACCUGAGGCAGGUCUACAUGCGGCGCAUCAGCCGAGCCGAGAACGCGAAGGACCAGGCGCUCAAGUCCGUGGCGCCAAGCAUGUGGGCGCGCUGCUUCCGCAAGGAGAGGGGCGAGACCAAGGGCCGAUUCAAGGGGCUCGCGAGGGUGCCAGCCACAGAGACAGCACGCCCCAUGGACGGCGACCUGGGACAGAGCGAGGCACUGCACCCGGGGCGGCCUGGUUCAGUGGUCUGGCUGGUCCGGGCAGGGCGGAUCAUCAAGGUGGACUUGUGCCAAAUCCGAGCCGCCUCCGCCCGAGAGAUAGCGUACGCCGAGCUCAUGGGAGGCAAGGACACCCCCUGGACUAUCAACACCUUCAUGAACCAGGCGAUGCGGCAGGAGUACCUGGACUUCACAGGGCACGAUCCCAAAGAGCACGACGUAGAGUUCUCGACCUGGGAAGGGGUUCCUGAUCCAGCACCACCUCUGACGAGGACUCGCACGACAGAGCUAGUCGAAGACAAGGGUCCCCAGGUGACCCCAAGGGAUCGGCCUGCCCCCCCCGUGCGGAAGCAGAUCCACAAGAAGGGGCAGCAUCCUGGAGGCUCUGCAGACCGGGCCAGGACAUCCAGGGCAGCCAUUGCCGAGAAGAACCUGGAGGAGCAGGCGGCACUCAUGGCGACGGCGACUCCUGAUGCCCGUGCUUUCUGGGCACGACAAGGGACGCCCCUGGAAGCCUCGAUGGAGCUCCCCCUCGCCGGCAAGGCCUUGAGGCACGCCCCCAGGCACAUGAGCACCUACAUGGCGAGCCAGUUGAGAAAGGGGAAGCGCGAGAUCUCUGAGCGGACCCUCAACCCAGACGAGCUGGACAGAUUCAACAAGGCAAAGGCCUCAGAGGAGGUCAUGCGUAUGAGGUGGAUCCUGGAGUGGAAGAUCGACGAGAGCACUGGCGACAAGAAGGCAAAGGCGAGGAUCGUGGUCUUGGGCUACAUGGACCCCGAGUACGAGCAUCGCUCGACCACAGCUCCAACGAUGACGCGUGCUUCCAGACACCUGCUGCUGCAGAUGAUGUCGCGGCUUGGCUUCAAGGGGCACAAGGCGGACGUGACUGGAGCUUUCAACCAGAACCGCGAGACUCAGCACAACCUGUUCGUGAUGCCCGUGAAGGAGUUGGCCACGGCGCUUGGAUUGCCCGAGGGUGUCGCCAUGAGGCUCCGGAAGGCCGUGUACGGGCUCGUCGAGGCAGCCAUUGAGUGGUUCAUGACGGUGGGCGAGGCACUUACGAAGUUCGGCUGGACCCAAAUGAAGAUGGACCCGUGCGUCUGGGUGCUAUACGGCGACGCGCACGGCCGGGACAACAGCUUCAACAAGGAGGCGCUGCAGGAGUUCAUUGACCCAGAGCUGCUCGAUGUGCUGGUCGCAGCGAAGGGCGACCUUGACAUCGUGGCGGUCGCCGGGUCGCACGUAGACGAUUCCCUGCUGCGCGGCAAGGAGUUCAUGCAGACCGGAGUGAAGAUCAAGCAGCAGCCCGACAGGAGCUUCCGCAUGGACCGGAAUGAAUAUGUGAAGACCAUAGAGAAGGCCUUCCUAACCCCCGAACGCAAGAAGAACAAGGAAGCAGAGACCACUGACCGGGAGAAGGGCCAGCUCAGGGCGAUCCUGGGCGCCGUCGGCUGCCACUCACAGGCCCAGGUGCUGGUGCCGAUUGAGUGGUCCGACUCGUCCGAGUCGAACCGGCCCGACGGGAAGUCCAGCAAGGGCCUGGUCGCAGGCAUGGCCCCUGUGAAGAUCCUCAAGGGUGACGAGACCGACGUGAUCCUGGACGAGCUGUUCGGUAUCAAGUUGCAGUGGCUCGAGAUGCUAGGCAACAACAUCAACUGGCGCAACCCGGAGGACACACUUGCCAAGCUGCCAGGGGCCGUCGUGGUGGAUGCCAAGGGCCUGUACGACAAGCUCCAGACCACAGUCUGCACCUUCCGUGGCAAGGAGAAGCGGACUGACGUGGAGACGAUGACACUGAAGGAGCGGACCCAGGCCGCCAACAACUGGAUGCUCUGGGUCCAUGGUGAUGCCCAGCUGGCAAACUCCCUGACCAAGGGGCACGAGUCAGGACAGCUAAGGAUGUACUUCAGCAGCGGCCAUCGCUGGAAGCUGGUCUACGACGCCAAGUACCAGAUUGCACGUAAACGGAAGGCAGCAGGGAUCCUUCCAUUCGAGAAUGUUCCACAGGAGGUCGUGAGGAGCUCAGAGUCAUCGAGGGAGCCAGCCUCUGGAGCAGCUAAUCAGGAGUUCCCGGAGUACGAGGCCAUCUCGAGCGAUGAGUCAGAUGAAGAUAGCAUGCUCAACUUGGAGGAUCCUUAUCCGUGCAGAUCUGGUUCGGAGCAAGCCUGA